AUGGGUUUCUCCCCAGCCUUGGGAAAGCGGAUCCGGCGGGAAGCGAAGAAAGGCGGAAGGGACAGAAAAGGGGGGAAGGUCGGGAAGAUCGGUGACCUCAUCGCCGACGUCUUAGCUCCCUUGGGUCUGGCAGACGAAGCCAUUUGCGGCAUUCUCAGACUGACCGGCGACAGAGAAGCUCUCAGGAGGCUCUCCAAGAAAACUGAAGAGGAGCUGAAGAAGUUCGGAGACAAGGUAAGAAACGAUCUGCGAAGGCAGGGGAGAGAGGAUGAGAUCCAACAAUGCGAGAGAGGAAGUGGAGGCAUGUCGAACGAGGAGCUCAUGAUACAGCUAGGGGAAAUUGAAUUCGAAGAGGAAAGGAGACCGGGAGGACGCCAUCGUGAUCAUCUUAGAGGCCCAGGAGGCGAUCGUCAUAGAAAAAGACCACACCAUAGGGAUGAGCUACCCUUUCAAAUCCCUCCUCUAGGCGGGAGAGAAAUGCCUCCCAUGCAAGAAAGCCCAUCCAAUAGACCAUCCAACAGACCUUCGAAUCAGCCUGGAGGGGGAGGGAGACCGGCGGAAGAUUUCGAGUCUCCUUUCGAAGAGGAACAGCCACAAGAACGCCCAUCCAAUAGACCAAGCAAUAGACCAAGCAAUAGACCAUCCAAUAGACCAAGCAAUAGACCUUCGAAUCAACCUGGAGGGGGAGGGAGACCGGCGGAAGAUUUCGAGUCUCCUUUCGAAGAGGAACAGCCACAAGAACGCCCAUCCAAUAGACCAAGCAAUAGGCCAUCCAAUAGACCAAGCAAUAGACCUUCGAAUCAACCUGGAGGGGGAGGGAGACCGGAGGAAGAUUUCGAGUCUCCUUUCGAAGAGGAACAGCCACAAGAACGCCCAUCCAAUAGACCAAGCAAUAGACCAAGCAAUAGGCCAUCCAAUAGACCAAGCAAUAGACCUUCGAAUCAACCUGGAGGGGGAGGGAGACCGGAGGAAGAUUUCGAGUCUCCUUUUGAAGACGAACAGCCACAAGAACGCCCAUUCAAUAGACCGAGCAAUAGACCAUCUAAUAGACCAAGCAAUAGACCUUCGAAUCAACCUGGAAGUAGAGGAAGACCAGAAGAAGAAUUCCAGUCUCCUUUCGAAGAGGAUUACCCACAAUAA